AUGACAUACCCUUCAAUUCUAAGGAAACGCAUCACGGCGGAGCAACUUGGGUCAACAGCAUUGCCUAACCUUGCGAUAUGGCUGUUCUUCCAGAUCGCUGCCGGGCACAUCCUACUCCCCCUUCUUGUCGCUACGUACCUUCGCUCGCGCUCUCUUAGACGACGUGCAACUCUCAUCAGUCUUUGCUGCUCGUGGAUUCUGACCGGCAUUUUUUCAUCACUUCUGUUUUAUAAAGGCACGCAACUCGGUUCUGAGCCGUCGAAAGGAAUCUGUGUCACGCAGACGGCCCUCCUGGGCAGUGUUCCUCCGAUGACCUCUCUCGCAUUGUUGGUCCUCGUUUACAACGUUGCGUCCCAGUCAAGUGAACGGACACUUGGAGUAGACCCUAAUCGAGGUCGCAUUAGAACAGCUGCCUUAUGCAUCACUCCGUACCUGACUUUCGCAGUUUUCGUCGCCGUUGGUGCACAUCUUGGGAGUGACCAUGAAGAUAGGGUGGACAGAGCGCAGCGCUUCUUUUUCUGCUCGGUAGACUGGACACCCUACAAUAAUGCCGCGUUUAGUUUCGCGUUGACGGCUUCUAUCCUUGCGGCAGCUCUUCAGUCGUGCAAUCUCUUCGACCUCUGGCGACGAAAGGAUGUAUUGUCCACAGAACAUGAGGCAACUACGGAUUUCCAGUUCUCUGUGCGGAUCACUGUCUUCACCUGGUAUAAUCUCCUCUCUGCGAUACUGAACCUAGUAUCUCUUCAACACCUGGACACCGCCUUUCCGGACAUAUUCUCUGCCUCAGUCGGCAUGGCGCUGUUUAUUAUUUUCGGCACCGAGCGGGACAUCAUUCGCUCAUGGCGAUUCUGGCGCCGCGAAUCUGGCAGCACGCGGCCUGAGCAACCAAUAAAACCGAACUUGACCCCGACUUCUCCCUCAUUCGACUUGGAUCUCCUCAAGCGCACCGAUAGCGACGUAAGCGAGAAGGCGCGGCUCGAAGCGCUACACGCGUACUACGCCGCCCGCGUGCGCGGGUUGGGCGUCGAUGUCCAGAUCAUCGCGAAGCCCGAAGAUGCGUUUCUGGCACAGAGGGACUCCGGCGUAGUUAUGCAGGAGGAUUACGGGUUGCCAGAGAUGUCGUCUCCCAUCUGGCGCUUCUAG